GCUUCCGGGCCGAGGCGGAGAGGCCGCGAGCGGCGCGGCGGCGCUUCCGGAGUGCGGCGGGAGGCGCCGCGGCCCGGCUGCGUGCUGCCGGGCGCGGGGCUGCGCUGCGGCCGGCGGCGCCGCGGGGAUGGACGAGGACGGGCUGCCCAUUGUGGGCUCCGGCAUUGACCUCACCAAGGUUCCUGCUAUUCAGCAGAAAAGAACUGUAGCAUUUCUAAACCAGUUUGUGGUUCACACAGUGCAGUUUCUCAACCGCUUUUCUACUGUUUGUGAAGAGAAAUUAUCAGCACUCUCUCUCCGUAUCCAACAAAUUGAAACAACACUCAAUAUUUUGGAUGCAAAGUUAUCCUCUAUUCCUGGCCUAGAAGAUGUCAGAUUUGAAGUGUCCAGUGCAAAUAUGAAUAGCGUUACAAAUGGUCCUAUGGCACAGACUACUGUGGAUCAACAGACAGCUGUAUCACCUCAGUCUGGAAAGAACAAUAUACAUGAAGAAGGGUUACAGAAAACAGAGGUAGUAACAGAAAAUGUCAGAACUGUGGCCAAGGAUCCUCAAUAUGCCAGAUAUCUCAAAAUGGUACAAGUGAAUCUUCAUGCACAAGUCUUGAUUGUGAUUCUUGCUGUGAAACUGCACAAGGAAAACACAGUAAGACAGCUAGCUCAGCUCUCACUUUGCCAGGGUGUUCCUGUAAUGGCAAUACGAAACAAAAUGAUUUCUGAAGGGCUAAAUCCAGAUCUUCUCGAGACCCCGGAUGCCCCUGUGCCUGCCUGGGGAGAUGAUGGGAAAGCAGAAGACAGUUCCGAUAGUGAAUCUUCAUUUAGUGAUUAAAGAGACUGAUUUCAGCCUUUGGAAACCUCUGUUAAGUGCUAAUGUGUUUGGAGCUUUAGCAGACAGUGGUUUUCUGUGAGUCACAUGAGUGACAUGGUUUAUCUGACAGCAUUUUUAAGAGCUAAGAUCCUCCAUGUUCUCUCCCAGAAAGUCUGAACAGGCAACGUGUUAGUGUGUUUCAACUAGAACCUUUCCACCAUGAAAAUGAAUCGUGAGAUCCUUGCAAUGUUUGUGCUGCAUCAUUUCAGAUUCCUUUCUGAUUCUUCUGAAAUUACUUUGUAAAACUCUAAAAAUUCCACACCUCUAAACACUGCAUUCUGGUCAUUAUUGGAUUUUCUGUGCAACUCAUUUAACCUGGGUUGUCUUCUUCCUGUCCCAUAACUUACAGAUAAAGUAACUUUUCAAAAUGAAAUUGUUUCAUUGAUGAAAGGUAUUAUUUUUUUCUAAUGUACUAUAUUCUGUAGUGACACAAGAAUUACGUAGAAAUCAGCUAUCUUAUGGUGAUUGCAAAUCGGUGAUACUCUGUUUUGAGAGAAACUAAAAUACAACUGAAAAUAUUAAAAACCAAUCUGAAUCUAUUUUCGAACUAUGUACUGCUAUUUAGUGUCACGUUAGAGUCUAAUACAAAGUUGUUAAAGCAGUUCUUGCUCUUUAGAAGAGUUGAUUUAUCAGAUUCAGGUUACAGCGGUGUAGGCAAGUGCAAACAUUGCAAGAUUGGUUUGAAAAUGACACUGUGAAAGAAGCAAGUGACUGGGAGAUUAUUAAUGGAAUACCAGAUUCUCACUGCUUGUUCAUUGUCACGUGGGUCAGUAGAAACCACUUUCUGAUGGCUGUUGGGCUUAUUUGAAAGGAGCUGUGGCUGAGCAGUUUGCGUGGAAUAAGAAACCACCUUCAAGCUGAUGCCUGUGCUAAUAACUCCAGCAAAGAAGCCAUAAUUCAGUUUGUAUGAUGAUACAACUACCUUGCUACCUGUUGAGGUAUGCAUUAGGGAACAACAUAAAGAAAUCCACUUGGAGCCUGACUGGCCCUGAAGACUUCCCUGCAGUUACUUAAUCUACUCCAUGAGUCAGAAAUGACAUUUUAUUAAAGAAUCUUCUCUAAUAUAAUUUGUUCCACGUGACAUUCUUCACAAUCUAUUUGAAUUCCCCAGGUUAUUGUGAUUAUACCAGAAUGCUGUGGGCCAGGAAUCAUUCACUUUCUGGUCUUUCACAUUCUUCCUGAGACCAAGAAAAGACUCAAACUGAAGCUCUGAGUAUAUAGAUUUGUAAGCUUUUAUGAUCGAGUCGUUAUCUUCUCUCUCAGUUAUUUAUGCCACUUCGGUAGGUUAGCUGCUUUUUUUUCCUGUAACUUAAGCAUGGCUCCCAUUUCAGUCUAGCUGACAUAUUUAAGUUCUUCAUAACCUGCAAAUCAGACUAAUGCCUGAAUCCCUAUGAAAGCAUAUAUGCAAUGGAAAAUGUCUAGAGAUGGCAUUUCAAUGAUGAGUUAAUUAUCAUUCAACAGAAACAAAAAUAUUAAAUAAUUAAAACUUGGUAAAACUUGAAAAAUAUUAACAUAUUAGCAAUAAGUAUUACAAAGGUAAAUGUUACAGCGUUAUUCCAGAAAGCAUAUAUUAAAACACCGGUGACUUUUUAAAAUCUGUCUUUGAAAACUCAUUGAAGUAAUCUGUUUAAUUAAAGCUAUGCUUUGUAAACCAAA